AUGGAUUCAGGUACAGCAGCGUACAUCGUGCCUAAUCAAGAGUCACCCAGCGACCUGUUCAAGAAAGCCACCGAUUUCUGCAGUACGAUUCAGGAAAGAGUGACGGAAAAAGGAAGCGGCGGGUUCAAGAUUCUGAGCAAUACGCUGACCAAACAGUCUGGGACCGCCAUAUUUGGUAGCAACUACAUUGAAAGCGCGGGCCUCGAUUUAGAAGAAACGAUUAAUAUCUGCGAGCGAGUUUUUCGCGGGGAGCACAUUCACUCAGGAACUCUGACCUCGCACAUUGUUCGAAGUCGACGGGAGGUAAUCCAGCACGCAUUAGCAUUCCAGCACAUUAUCACGAGAAUGGUUCUCAACGAUGAACCUUUGACCGAAGAGCUCAUUCUAAACACGCACUACAUCCUCACCAAGAAGAUUGAUACACCUGGCGGGACCUCAUGGAGAGAAUAUUCCGGAAAAUAUCGCACUGUCCAUGUGCACGCCGGUGCCACAAAUUUUGUCACACCCAAGUAUGUACCCACGAAGGUUCGUGAGCUCGUCUCGGAAUUUGAAGCCGACAUUACGCGCAUAGAAGCGAGUCAGGACAUUGACCCGUUCACUCUGGCUGCGAAAUAUUGCAGUGACUUUGUCAUGAUCCAUCCAUUCGUGGAUGGCAAUGGGCGGAUGUGUCGACUCAUUCUGAACGCCAUUCUCCUCAAAUACGCGGGUAUUGUUCUUUGUCUUGGUGAAAACGAUGAAAGCCGCCAGCAGUAUCUUGAUAUCCAGAGAAGAGCUGGCGAACGUAUGGAGGGAUCCGGGGAGCUCGCAGCAUUAAUUCUAAAGAAGUCGAUCGCAAGGUAUCGCACUCUGAAACAGAAACUUGCGGGGAAGAAGGCCCCUGUUUAA